GCGGUAACAAACUCGCCAUACUUUCUCUAGAGCUCUGCUAGCUUCCAGUUCCUUGGCAGUGCUAUGGCAGUGAUGGCAAUGGAGAAGUGGGUAAGGAGAUGGAAGCUUUUGCUCCACUUCCUGCUCCUUCUCGCCUCUUCGGGACCUGCAGCCACUCCAAACCUGAUGGAGAGGUGCCAAGUCAUACUCAAUCUUCACAAGGGACACUCCGCUCUUGUCGCCCUGACCAAGGAGUCAUUGCCAACGCCAGCCUUGCUUCAGCAGGCUUCGAGUUCAACGGAUUGGUUUGAAGAAGGCAACUAUGAACUUCGACUUGAUGAACUUGACGGAAUCCAACCACCUGCCCAGGAGCGUGCUGAAGCACAGGGCCUUUUGCCCAUCGGUGGAGCUACAGGAACCUUUUGUGUGCCUGGCGACGCAGUUGGUCGAGAUUGGCCAGUUCCUGCCACAUUGACGUGGAUUCCUUGGGCCGUUGAGGCAAAUGAACGGCCAGAAAGUGUUUGGCCGCCGACUGCAGGAACAAAUCCGGCCAAGAAAAAGCUUCACUUAAAGAGGCAAAGCCAGCCGGGUGUGAAGGCGCAGUGCUACUAUGCAACGAUGACUUGCAAUCAGGCAUUGGAACACUGCAAUAAGGUCUGGGCACUGUCGGCCCUCCAUGGAGAAUCCGGUCCAUCAGCUGAUAGGGCAUCGCCAGCAAAGCCUCCCUUGUACGUCACCGGAACCUGCUCAUACCUCAUCAAGACAGAGCAAAAGAGAGCGGCUGAGAGGGCUGUCGUGGACGGGGGUUUGCACAAACACUACAGGUUGAGCUGAGGGACCAUCCCUUCCAAUCACGGCAAGAUGUCAAGUACUGGACAUUAAUGGAUGCUGUGGGCCCAAUCCAUUGUCUGAUGUUGAUUCUGUCCAAGAUCUUCUUGAGCUUCCUUGGGUUCACCAAAUUCUAUCCCCGAGGUCUAAGCUGUUUGGCGUUGUUUGGUAACAUCAGAACUGUUGCUGGCAGGAAUCGACACCACAUCCAUUGGGUCACAGAGCAAGUCCACAUAUCUGAAAGACUUUGCUAAUAGACCAUAGACUUGGUCUUAGUGAAGGCAGGCUGAGGGGCUUAGGCCUGAACUGUGGAUCGUACAACACAAACAUACACAAAUCAUUGCCAUGCGUUAAUAUAUAUUCCAAGAACCUAAUGCUCCGUGGGUGUGGCCCACCUUUCCGAAGAAAUACCCAGCGAAUCGCAUUUUUGCUCGUCCAACUAGUGCGGCUAGAUGUUUCAGGCACGGGUUGUUCUUGUUUUCGCGAACUGUGUUGUCAGCCUGAGCGCUCACAAUCUACCAAAAGACAAUGAAAGACACAGGCGCAGCUAUCAGACGAAUGGACGUUCCAAGGAACCCAUAUGCAGCAUGCGCUUGGGAGUGGGCGGCCACAUUUUUCGAAGGUCUGGACGGUGUCUUGUAGUACCCUUUGGAAUGUUUCGAUGACCAAAGAGCUGUCAGCAGCUACGCCAGGGUGGAUCAGG